AGCCGUCUCGGCCCCAGCUUUGAGCACCCUUCGAAGCUGGGCUGCUACAUGUUCACGUACCGAAUUUGUGGACUCCUCCUGCUCACGCUCUCGCGCACCGAAGAGGUGAAUUGUGAAGAUGACGUACAAGAGUUCAUGCAAGUGCACGCAUCGACGCUGAAGACCGCCAGCGUACUUGAGCCAGAAGCACUCUCUAGCGUGCAAGUCCACUUCUCCUUGGAAGAUGCUGAGUCGGGGCAGGACCUCUUCGAGGCACACCCGGCGCUUCUGCAGAAGCGCGGACAGACACAUUUGGGUGAUGCCAAGACUUCCGGCCUUCGAUUGAAGUUCUCCGCCCACGGCCACAGCAUCGACCUGAUGUUCCAGAAACGCCGGGGGCCUUUGGCUCGUGACGCCACGCUGACGGUGGGUACCAGCGAUGGUGACCAGCACUGGCACUUGCGGGACCGACAUAUUUAUGCGGGACCCCAUGCGAUCUUGACCUCUGUGGGUGACCGGGUCGUCGGCCUGGUCCGACGCGGCACAGCCUACCUGGACUUAGAGCUGACCAAGGGCCAAAGCCUCCUGACAGUCAGCACCGGGAAGAGCGAUGAAGAGUACCUCAAGGCCGCAGCGGAGGUGGCGGCGCAGAAACCCUUGAGCCUACCAGAACGAUGGACUGAUUGCUAUGAGAACGACGGAGAGACUCAUGCUUUGGGCAUGGGAGUCGCGAUGGGCUCCAAACUUUAUUCCAGAUUCAGCACCAAGGACGAAGCCAUCGACUACGUCGUCCAGAUCUUCGGCUCCGCCAAUCUCAUCUACCGACCUCAGCUGAACUUCGUGCUGGUCUGCCGCAUGCUUCACCUGCAGAUCAGCCAGACCGAUGCGCCAGACUGGGACCAAGGCGAGACGUGUCCUUUUGGCAUUGACACCCAACUGCACCGCUUCGACAAGUGGGAUCCUCCUGGGUCGAAGGAUGUGGAUUCCAAGGGUCAAGGCAUUUGGACCUUGCUGGAUGAUUGCUUCAAGUCUGGGACUAUCGGCCUCGCUUAUGUGGGUACAAUUUGCCAGAUGGAAAAGAACUAUUGGGGCCAACGGCCGAACACCGCCGUGGUAUGGCACAACUUUCGAACCUGGAUCACCUUUGCACACGAGACUGGGCACAUCUUUGGAGGAGAACAUUCCUUCGAGCUGGGCCAAGGGACGACGGGUGGCAUCAUGGACUAUGGUGAUGGACAACUGGAUGGGAAAUUCCAGUUCAACACCCAAUUCCGAAAGAAGAAGAUGUGCCAGACGAUGGACCAGGUGGUGAAAAACAAGUGCGGUGCCAUCUGGCUCUUUGAUGGCGAAUGUGGCAACGGAAUUCUGACGGACCAGGAGGAGUGCGAAUGUGCUGAUGGCAGCAAGAACUGCACGUACUGCAAGGAUUGCACUUUGGACGCCAACAAGUUCUGCACCCCUGACGGCUACGGUGUGCAUCCCAUUGGUUUGGGCGUGGGCACCGGCGAUUGCUGCACCCAGAAUGGAACCUUCCGAAAGUCUGGGAGCUUUUGCCAUGUGCCUGGUGUGGGCAAUGGCUACUGCACCGCUGGGCUUUGCAUCCCCUCCAAGUGUUCCGAUUAUCACUUCGUGGGCGACUUCUGUGGUUUGCAAGCUCAAAACGAAUGCAAGUUCAUGUGUAUGGAUCAGAACCAUGCGUGCAGCACCAUGGAUGGAUGGCUGGUGAGACAAGAGCCGGCGAACUAUGUGAGGGACCAAGUGCCAUGCAACUGGAGGAGAGGGAGCGAUGGCAUUUGCAUGAAGGGCUCCUGUGUGCCCGCGGUCGAGGGCUGUGGGAAUUCUUUGCAUGAGGAAGGCGAACAGUGCGAAUGCCAAGAUGGUUCUCGGACAUGUCGCUUCUGUUCUGAUUGCAAGCUGGAGAAGGGCAAAGACUGUUCGCCAGAUGAUGAGAAUGGCGCGUGCUGCAGUAAGGAUGGCUUCUUCAAGGACGGUGAGUGCAUUUGGAAUGGCGUGAAGGGCUAUUGCAUGCAGGGGCGCUGUCAGGACACGCCCUGCUCCACCUACAAAUCCUGGGAUGGCUGGGGCGAGUUCUGUGGCCUUCAAGAAGGCAACAGCUGUAAGUUCAAGUGUGAGGUGCAUGGGACCUGUGACACGUUGGAGAAGUUCCUGCUGGCAGGCCAGCCAAUGAAUCAGUUCCCAGAUGGAACACCGUGCUCACUGAAGGGUGGCUUUGGGAGCUGCAAGGAUGGGCAAUGCCAAGUGAUCGAGGAAGUGAAGGAAGAGGAGCACCAAGGAGCUAAAAGUGAAGUGGUGGAUUUGCAGCCAGGUGGAGAAAAAGCAGACACUUGGAAUCACCAUGAAGGUGUCAAUGACGAGGACCUUGAGGACCAGGAGGCUCCACCUGAUAGCACUGAAUGUGGCGAAUGCCUCAAUGGCGUGAACUGCAACAUCAUCCGGGCACGGUCGUCCUUUACCAAAUCCUGCGAGGAGAUCGAGAAGGACUUCGGCUGCGAUUGCAGCUCGUGUAGCGCUUGCGCCGAAGAGCAGCAGCCCAAGGAGAAGUACCAAGGAUGCGAGAAGACCUGUGGAGGGAUCCUUUGGUGGGCGAAGAGCUGCGACACACACAUUUGGAACGCACGGGUGCAGGGCCACAAAGGCCAUGCCAGGACGACGUGCAAGGGCUUGAAGAAUAGAUGGAACUGCAAUUGUGAUGGAUGUCUUCUUUGUGAAGAGGAGUUCGAUGAGGCGAAGAUGAUGGAGUGAAUUGUGAGAUCUUGAGCCACAGACGUGAGAGUGAAUCACGGCUCACGUUUGACCAGCUAAACUUCUAGAGAAGAUGAGGCAAAAGUCAUCAUGAUACCUUGAC